CUGUCAAACGCUGCAUUCUGGGAAAGAGUUGCGAUUUUGUGUAUCACACGAACUUUCCUAUAUCAUUUUACCAAAUUAUAUUUAAUUUACGACGAUUUUUUGGCAAUGAGCACAAGCGGUAGAAGUUCGCAAAUACCGAACGCUGCCGCUCCAGAACCACAGAUGGAAGCAGCGUCCGUACCGCUAGGCGGUGCGAUUGGCCGCGAGGAUAUUUGGGACGACAGUAUUAUCAUCAAAAAGUACGAUGCAUCAUUGGCACUGAUCAAAGCCGAGGUAGCGAAACGGUUGGCCAUGAACACGAACCGGAGUGCGCUGGCAGAAGCGGCCGGUUGCAGUGGCCUCAAGACGCGUAAACAGCAACAAAAGAAAGACAGUGAUUCGACCGGGGGUGAAGCGACCGUUGGUACGCCGGAACACGAAGAAAAGGGCACGAUGGAAAUAUCGGAACAUGACCAACCGUUGACACACGGGCCACCGACAGGGACGUUCGAGAUCGGUGACUACGUGCGUGCCACCUACGACGAUGGAGUGGAUUAUGAGGCGAAAAUUAUCGGCUUCGGAAAUCAGGGCGACUGUUUGAUCCGUUACGUGGGAUAUAACAACGAGCAGACGGUACUGCUGGAGGAGCUGCUACCGUCCUGGGGCAGAAAGGCGCGCCGACAGCAGCGUGUCGAAGCGGCAGAAGCGGAAGCAGCCGCAGCUGACUCUCAGAUGGAUAUAAGCGAUGACGAGCGGUUCACAAGGCAAGCGAGCAAGAUCAAAGUUAACUUCGGACCAAGCUUUGGACGCACCAGUGUGGGACAGACGGUCCCCGGGAGGAGCGGGCGAUCGGGUAUGAUGGGGCAGAGUAUGUCUACCGCGUAUAUGGUUCCUCCGCCUCCACCGAUGCCUCCGAUGCUAGAAGAUGGGGACGACGUGGAGUCGGAGAAUCUUUCCGCCAUGCUGAUGUCUUGGUAUAUGAGCGGUUACUACACAGGGCUUUACCAUGGCCAGCGGAUGUCUCAGCAGCAGCAGCAGCACACACAACAGAAGCGAGCAAGGCAAUCGUAAUGGCCGCGCGAUCGCGGAUGUUAUUGUUGUGUGUUGGAGCAGCAAUUUUACCGGCUGAGAUGACACUCAUCGUGUUCCAGGUACGCUCCCCCCCAAGAACGCAUGAGAGUUCGUUAAGCACGUGUCAAGUGAUAAGGUUGUUUUAAGUUGCAUCCUUGUAUUUGGUUGUACUUCACACGAAAUUUACGAUAAAUUAUUAAACAUCUCAACAGGAACCAUGUUCUAUUGGCUGCGCUCCAUUGCUACCUAAUUGCCUUUGCUUCAUACAACACACACACACACACAAAUACUUCACACGAAAUCUGCUUUAGAGUAAUCCCUUUUAAGUGAAUUAAUUGAAUAAUUGAAACAACGAUCGGGCAAAGAAGGAAAGCUGAAAAUGAAUGAAUGAAAAUAUAUAAGUUUGCUAUGUGCUGCCGUAAUUGGCG